UAUUUGGGCAUUCGGGGACCCCGAGAGAGAGAAAGAGAGAAAGAGAGCACGAGCGAACGAACGAAAGAGAGAAGAACAAGAACGACAGAGCAAAUCCCUGAAAAUGGAUACUAUUGCAACGCAGACGCAGAGUGCUCUCAUUGGCGGUCCUAACGGCGAUAUUAUACUCUCCACGUCGACUCCCGUCCCACAGGAACCGCUUCGAGAUGUUGAAUUGGCCGUGGAGAUCAAGGCCAUCUCGCUCAACCCCGUCGAUUCCAAGAUGUCAGGUGACUUCCUCACGACGGGAGCCACUCUGGGGUUUGAUGCUGCUGGCGUGGUGACAGCUGUGGGCUCAUCUGCCUCCCAGGACUGGGGUUUCCACGUGGGGGAACGUGUCGUGGUCGCGAUCAAUGGGAUGAAUCCCCUACGGCCAACCGUUGGAGGAUUCGCUGAACAUACCGUGAGCUACGCAUGGGGAACCCUUAAGAUCCCCCGUCACUGGAGCUUUGCGCAGGGCGUGGGCGGCAUGGGAGGGAGCGCCUGGCUUACGGUCCCCUGGGCGCUGUUCCACUCCCUGGGCCUGCCUGCCGGUCCUCAGCUGGAACCCCUCCAUAGCCGCUGUCCCCCACCCCAAUUAGAGCCCCCAGUCAACAUCGUCACCUCGCACAGCAGCAACGGCAGCACUAAGCCACCAACAACGGUUCUGGUCAACGGAGGAGGCAGCUAUACCGGCAACUGCGCGAUCCAACUUCUCAAGCUGGCGGGGUAUACCGUUAUUGCGACGUGCUCGCCACACAGCUCUGAUUUGGCGAGGUCCUUCGGGGCUGAUACAGUGUUCGACUACGCCGAACCCACCUGUGCAGCCGACAUUCGAUCUCACACAAAGAAUUCAUUGCGUCUGGUCAUCGAUUGCAUUGCAACCACCGACACCAUGCGUCUCUGCUAUGCUGCGAUGGGCCGAGCCGGGGGCCGUUACGUCGCCCUUGAUCCCUUUAAUCCGGAUGUUGCAGCCUCCCGUCCCGUAGUGCGUGCCUCCUGGGUGGUGGGCAUGGAGCCACUCGGCGAUGAGAUUGCUUGGCCGGCCCCAUAUGGCAGGAAAGCGAAUCCCAUGGCCCUCGAGUUCUGCCAAGCGUGGAAUCCCACCAUGCAGGGACUUCUCGACCGCGGGGUCGUACGUCUCCAUCCACAGUGUGUCAGGGAUACAGGUUUCGCGGGGGCAUUGGAAGGUCUAGAGGAAAUUCGCCAGAAGAAGAUCUCAGGGCAAAAGCUGAUCUAUACCUUGUGAGAAGGGGAUGCAGAAUACCGUAC